UAAAGGAGAAACAGCAGCGGUAGCAGACAGGUGGGAAGGCUGCCGGUAGUCUGUGUGUGUGCAGAGACACGAAGAGGUGUCUUUUUGUUUUUUCUUCUUCUUCUUUUUAUAUUUGUAUUCCUGUCAAACCCGAUGGAGUAGCUGGUUGGCUGACAGUCCGCCGGUGAAUGGAGCUGUGUGAGCUGCCCCUGGUGCCACUGUUUGCGCUGAGGUCUACGCAGGAAACUUCAGUGAUGGAGUCAAAACCUUCUCUGCUCUCAGAUUCGACGAGGUCUUGUUGUUGUGGUCGUCAUUGAAAGCAACAAAAGGAGAGAGAAAGAGAGAGAGAGAGACGAGAGACGAGCAAAAAAAAAAAAAAAAAAAAAAAAGGCAGCAUCUCUAUCUGCUGCAGGAAUUCCGGCCUGUCAGCUAUUUUUGUUCCUGUCUUGCUUUCACUAUUUUGUGAAAGGAGACGUAAAAAGGAAGGAAGAGCGCGAACGACGCAGAAGGGGGAAGAAACCAACGUAUACUGUGUGAACGUCCCGGCGAGUGACAGUUGUUUUCAGGAGCAGCUGAGAAGAGUACAAGUGACUCUUCUUCUCUCUCGUCCCAGAAAAAGUGAGGAGACGACAUGGUUCGGUGGUUCCACAGAGACAUCUCUGGCCUGGAGGCCGAGGACAUCCUGAAGUCUCGAGGCAUCCAUGGCAGCUUUUUGGCUCGGCCCAGCAAGAAAAAUGUUGGUGAUUUCUCCCUGUCUGUCAGGGUGGGCGACGGGGUCACCCACAUCCGCAUCCAAAACACGGGGGACUUCUACGACCUGUACGGCGGGGAGAAGUUCGCCACCCUGUCGGAGCUGGUGGAGUACUACACCGCAGAGAACGGCAUCCUCCAGGACAAGGACGGGACGAUCAUCGAGCUCAAAUAUCCCGUCAACUGCUCCGACCCCACCACAGAGAGGUGGUACCAUGGUCACCUGUCGGGCCCAAACGCAGAGAAGCUGCUCAGCACCCGAGAAGAACCGGGGACCUUCCUGGUCAGGGAGUCUCUGUCCAAACCCGGAGACUUCGUCCUCUCCGUUCUGACGGAUGAAAUAAACAAAAACGGAUCCAAACGGGUAUCCCACAUCAAGAUAAUGUGCCAGAAUGACCGGUACACGGUGGGAGGCUCAGACCUGUUCGACACGCUGACAGACCUGGUGGAGUUUUACAAGCGCAAAGGCAUCGAGGAGAUCUCUGGAAACUGGGUCCAUCUCAAGCAGCCGUAUUUCUCCACCAGGGUGAACGCGGCGGACAUCGACAGCCGAGUGAGGCAGCUGGACCUCACCUCGGACAAGCCGGUGGAGAGCGAAGGGGAAAAGAGCAAGGCGGGCUUCUGGGAAGAAUUUGACGCUCUGCAGAAGAUGGAGGCGAAGGUGAAAAAGAGCAGAGAGGAAGGCCAGAGACCAGAGAACAAGAGCAAAAACCGAUACAAGAACAUUCUUCCCUUCAACGACACCAGAGUCAUCCUGCAGAACGCUGAUCCCAAUGUUGUCGGCUCAGAUUACAUAAACGCCAACUACGUGAAAGACAAACUCUGGGAGUCUGGAGCACGGAAAGUUUACAUCGCCACUCAGGGCUGUUUAGCGACGACUGUGAACGAUUUCUGGCAGAUGGUGUGGCAGGAGAACACGCACGUGAUCGUAAUGACGACCAGAGAGGUUGAGAAAGGCCGGAAUAAAUGUGUGCCCUACUGGCCCGACCUUCACGCCUCCCAAGAGUCCGGCGCCUACGUGGUUUCCUGUGAAUCGGAGAGGGAAGCUACGGAUUACAAAGUCCGACUUUUGCAUAUCGCUCCUGUGAAUCAGGCCAAACUCUCCCGUCCCAUUUGGCACUACCAGUACCUCAGCUGGCCCGACCACGGCGUCCCUCAGGAGCCAGGUGGAGUCCUCAGCUUCCUCACACAAGUCAACGCUAAACAGGCUGAAUAUCCUGAGGCCGGUCCCAUGAUCAUCCACUGCAGUGCUGGAAUCGGUCGAACGGGUACCAUCGUGGUGAUUGAUAUGAUCCUCGAGACCAUUGAUACUAUAGGUCUGGACUGUGAUAUAGACAUCCCAAAAUACAUACAGAUGGUGCGAGAGCAACGCUCUGGUAUGGUGCAGACCGAGGCUCAGUAUAAAUUCAUCUACUUGGCUGUCUCAGAGUACAUACAGACCACUAAAGCCAAAGAGAGCGCCUCAAAGGAAACCGAGACCGAGUAUGGAAAUCUGCAGCUCAAACACCAGCCGGCCAGCAGGAAGGUGUCAAAGAACAAGGAGGACGUCUACGAGAAUCUGUCGAAAGGAAAGAAAGACAUGAAAAAAUCAAAGUCUGAGAAGAAAACGGGCUCAGUGAAGAAAAAAUAGACGACACGGAGAGGUCCCUUUGUGUCAUAUUUAUGCAGCCGCUGGUUUUGUUAAGAAAAGAGUCUUGAAGUACAGAGACCACUGAAUAUAAAUUAACUGUUUAAAUGCAAACGAAACUUGUCGACAUUUCAUAAACCGCAUGAGUGGUUGGAUUAUGUGUUUGUUUAAAAUAAAGAUAGAAUGUGUGAACA